AUGAGGUACUUGGCAUUGGUUUUCUUUAGCGCUUGCAUUGCCUUGGCAAGCUGUGGCUGUUUGGGUGGAUGUGCAAAUUCUGCACCAAUUAUUGUAAUCACUCCCUCGUCGAAUAUAUGGCAGAGCAUACAAGGGUGGUUCCAGUGCGCAUGGAAUGGAUGUCCGAAACCAAAUUGUCCUGGCACAGGAGAAACGGGUCUAGAACCACCGGCUCCAGAACCCACUAAUCCCUCGCCUCCCACUUACCCAACCUCUGGUCCUCUACCACCAGCACCUACAACAGCCACAUAUUUACCAACAACGUCUACACCAGGUUGGGCAACUCCACCCGGCCCAACGCCACCCACAUAUGGAUCAGCACCCGGAGUCCCAGAGCCAACCUACCCAUCAGCGCCCACUUACCCAACUUCAGGCCCUCAGCCAACAGCACCUACAGCCGUUCCAGAACCCACCAACCCAUCGGCACCCACUUACCCAACCUCAGGCCCUCAACCAACAGCACCUACAGCCGUCCCAGAACCCACUUUCCCAACUUCAGGUCCCUCACCAGGCCCAACAACACCCACACAAGGAUCAGCACCGGGAGUACCAGAACCAACCUACCCAUCGGCACCCACCUACCCAACUUCAGGCCCUCAGCCAACAGCACCUACAGCCGUUCCAGAACCCACCUACCCAUCGGCACCCACUUACCCAACUUCAGGCCCUCAGCCAACAGCACCCACACCAGUCCCAGAACCCACUUUCCCAACUUCAGGUCCUUCACCCGGCCCAACGGCGCCCACACAUGGAUCAGCACCGGGAGUACCAGAACCAACCUACCCAUCGGUACCCACUUAUCCAACUUCAGGCCCUCAGCCAACAGCACCCACAUCAGUCCCAGAACCGACUUUCCCAACUUCAGGUUCUUCACCAGGCCCAACGGGACCCACGCAUGGAACAGCACCUACAGGCGUCCCAGAACCCACCUACCCAUCGGCACCCACUUACCCUCAGCCAACAGCACCCACAUCAGUCCCAGAACCCACCUACCCAACUUCAGGUUCUUCACCAGGCCCAACGGGACCCACGCAUGGAACAGCACCUACAGGCGUCCCAGAACCCACCUACCCAUCGGCACCCACUUACCCUCAGCCAACAGCACCCACAUCAGUCCCAGAACCGACUUUCCCAACUUCAGGUUCUUCACCAGGCCCAACGGGACCCACGCAUGGAACAGCACCUACAGGCGUCCCAGAACCCACCUACCCAUCGGCACCCACUUACCCUCAGCCAACAGCACCCACAUCAGUCCCAGAACCCACCUACCCAACUUCAGGUUCUUCACCAGGCCCAACGGGACCCACGCAUGGAACAGCACCUACAGGCGUCCCAGAACCCACCUACCCAUCGGCACCCACUUACCCUCAGCCAACAGCACCCACAUCAGUCCCAGAACCCACCUACCCAACUUCAGGUUCUUCACCAGGCCCAACGGGACCCACGCAUGGAACAGCACCUACAGGCGUCCCAGAACCCACCUACCCAUCAGCGCCCACAUCGGGUUGGGCAUCUUCACCGGGAACAACAGCACCCACAUAUUCACCAACAUGGCCUACAUCUCUGGGUUAG